AGCCGGGCCGGGCCGCGCCGCGACAGGAGCUCCGCACCCCGCGCCGCACCGUCCCCGGCCCCGGCGGGAGCUGCCGCCGCCGCCGCCCCGGAAGAAACUGAAGUGAAGUGACUGAAAAAGAACGAUUUGAAGGAACAGAUUCAUUUCCCAACAAGAUCAAGUUUGAAUUAAAUGGCUGAUAAACAGAUCAGUUUACCUGCCAAGCUGAUCAAUGGAGGGAUAGCUGGGCUGAUUGGGGUCACCUGUGUAUUUCCCAUUGACCUGGCAAAAACUCGCCUGCAGAACCAGCAGAAUGGGCAGCGGAUGUACACCAGCCUGUCUGACUGCCUCAUUAAAACAAUCCGGUCGGAAGGCUACUUUGGCAUGUACAGAGGGGCUGCAGUGAACCUGACUCUGGUGACACCAGAAAAGGCUAUCAAACUUGCAGCCAAUGACUUCUUCCGGCAUCACCUCUCCAAAGACGGGAAAAAGCUGACGCUGCUGAAGGAGAUGCUGGCAGGCUGUGGYGCAGGUACCUGCCAGGUGAUUGUCACCACUCCCAUGGAGAUGCUCAAAAUCCAGCUGCAGGAUGCAGGACGCAUUGCGGCACAGAAGAAGCUGAUGGCAGCGCAGGCCCAGCUCUCGUCCUCCCCUGCGGCGGCGGCGGCCGAGCCGGUGGUGGAAACGCGCACCACAGCGACCCAGAUAACGAGGGAGCUGCUGCGGAGCAAAGGCAUCGCCGGACUCUACAAGGGCCUGGGAGCCACGCUGCUAAGGGAUGUCCCAUUCUCCAUUGUUUACUUCCCRCUGUUUGCAAACCUGAACAAGCUUGGUCAGAAGGACCCCAAUGUCAAGGCUCCGUUCUACGUGUCCUUCCUCUCCGGAUGCUUGGCCGGCAGUACGGCUGCAGUGGCUGUCAAUCCUUGUGAUGUGAUCAAAACACGGCUGCAGUCCUUGCAGAGAGGAGUGAAUGAGGACACCUACUCGGGGAUCCUGGACUGCACCAAGAAGAUCUGGCAGAGGGAAGGGCCCACGGCCUUCUUCAAAGGGGCCUACUGCCGAGCCCUGGUCAUCGCUCCUCUCUUCGGCAUUGCACAAGUCGUCUACUUCAUCGGCAUCGCGGAAUUCCUGCUGGACAUGCUCCCCAAGCACCGGGCCUAGCCCUGCAGUGGCUGUGUGUGCCCUCCCGCCCUCUGCAGCGCUGGAUUCAUCCCCGUGUUCGCCAUCCGUGUCGAUCGAUGUCACAGCAACAGCACAAAGCGGGGACGCGAAGGGACCUGGGCUCCAGAUGGGCAAACGUGGGCAGGGAGAGAAUCCCUUCUCUGCCUCCAUCUGGAACCUGCCCCCUCCUGCUCCUUCCAUGGACAGUACUUAAUUAUGCAUCUCUCUCUCUCUCUUUUUAAUUUCCCAGUUUUUGGUUUUAAAUUGUCAUUCUUAAGGACACUGGUAAGCACAGACUGGGCUUGCAGACCCAGAAGUCUCCUUUCAGUCUUGGAGAGGAAAAGAGAUGGGAAAGAAAUAACUUGAACCCUCAUCCACCUCAGUUUCCCUUUCCUCUGGAGCUGCCAGCUGUCUGAGGAGGAGCUGGAGGGGCAGCUGUGUCCCCUCAGCACCUCCUUGGCUCUGCUGACCUCAGGUCAAGAGUGAACGCUGCACAAAUGGGGCUUAUCUCACUGCUGCUGGAGGCAGGGAUAGGGGGAUGCUGUAUCUGGCAAGUUCCUUGGCCUGGAAAACUUCAGUCCUCCCUUCUCCCUUUUUAAAAACGAGUUGGACUUAAAUGAAUUGUGAUUGUKACUAUUGAUUUUGUAAUUAUUUUUGUUUUAAAGCAAAGGGAUGUCCCUCCUAAUUAGGUGUCACAGGCACAUCCAGGUGAGGUGCAGAAAUAACAUGUCUGCUCUGUAGGGAACAUGUCUGUGGGAUCACGUGAAUGUCCAAAGGUGCUUCCCUGCUUGGCUACAGGUGGGGAAGGGAGAGGAACUCGGGAUCAAGUUAUUUUUGUUUGGGGGUGGAUUUUUUUUUGUUGUUGUUGUUUUAUUUGGGUUUUGGGUUUGGUUUGUUUGGUUGGUUUGGUUUUUUGUGGGUGUGGUUUUUUGGGUUUUUUGGUUUUUUGUUUUGUUUUAUGGGGGUUUUCUUUUGUUUUGGUUCUGUUUUUUUGGGGUGUUUU